ACCUGCAAGACCCGUUGGCCCCUAUGCGGUAGAUUUUUGACAGGCUUGCUCACUCGGCACGAGCUCUUCCGCAGCCCAAUUGCUCCCCGUGCCUCCCUUGCGUGUCAUCUUUUAGCGCUGCCCUGAAGUCGCGAAUACGGGCAAUUUGACUGAAGGGGACCUCGAUGAGCACUAGUCACGGACUCCAGCACUCACUAACAACAGCAUUCGUAUUUUGAAGCUUGGAGCCUUCUUCACAAGGAGACACUCUCUCUGAUGUCUUCGGACUGGUGGUCCCAAGGAAGCUUGACGAUCCUCACCGUCCUCGCCCUCGCCCUAUCCACCUUGCUCGUCGCCAGAAUGGUCUUCCCGUCCAAGAACCACUUCCCCGUCGAGGGCCUUACAGCUAUCGUGACCGGCGGCUCCCAAGGCCUCGGGCUGGCCAUCGCGCAAGAGCUCUCCGCCCGGGGUGCCAACGUGGCUAUCGUUGCGCAGGACAUCCCCAAACUCGAAACAGCUGUCAAGACACUCCAGAGCCGUGCCAAAAACGCGCAGUCCCAGCGAUUCCUCCCGCUCUCCUUUGACCUCCGCGCCCCGGAAUCUGCACCCAGGAUCUUGGAGGAAGUCAAGACAUGGAACGAUGGAGAAGCACCAGACUUGAUUUUCUGCUGCGCAGGACAUUGCUACCCGUCGUUCUUCGCGGAUGCGCCGGUCGAGAAACUCAAGGAUCAGAUGGACACCGUCUACUGGAGCAGCGCAUGGAUGGCCCAUGCGGCGAUCAACAUGUGGAAGACACCCUCAUCCAAAGCUGCAAGCAAUGGGAACAAGUCUGUGUCUCGUCCAAGACCGACCCGCCACCUGGUAUUCACCUGCUCGACCUUGGCUUUCUUCCCCGUGGCAGGCUACAGUCCAUAUUCGCCCUGCAAAGCGGCCAUGCGUGCCUUGGCCGAUACCUUGAACCAAGAGGUAGAAGUGUACAAUGGAUCUCGUCAGAACCCGUCCUUGGGUCCCGUUCCCGACGCCGACAUGAAAGUCCACAUCCUGUUUCCCAUGGGUAUCGUCUCUCCGGGAUUAGAGAAUGAGAAUAAGAUCAAACCGUCCUUGACAUUGCAGCUCGAGAAGGACGACAAGCCACAGCAACCCGAGGAGAUUGCCAAGAUCAUGCUUCGACGCCUGGGAGCAGGCGACUUUAUGAUCAGCACAAUGUUCCUGGGCCACUUGAUGCGCGGGUGUGGAAUGAGUGGAAGCGUGCGCACGAAUGUAAUGGAUGUCUUUUGGAACUGGCUGGGCUCUAUCGUCAUCAUUUUCGUGGCUCCUGAUUUCGUCUCAAAGUGCAAAACUUGGGGCAAACAAAAGGGGAUGAAUGCCACCACAAAUGUCAGCUGAGAUCGCGCGAACCUCAUGCCGAGAUACUCGUCUCCUCGGUGACUGUGUCAAUCUCCAGCAUGGCGCCCAGUGAAGACACGAGUUCCUCUUCCGUCCAGUCACGAUCAAAAUCCUCACCCAAAAACAUCCGGGAUGCCCGCUCCGCACUCCUCAACGCUUCAAUUUCGUCCUCUCUCAAUGCCGAACACACCGCCACAAGAUCCUCUCCUUGUUGCGCCAAUCCCGCUAUUACAAUAGCUCGCUCGACAAUUUCAGCUGGGACGCCAUUCAUUGCUGCGCACUGGACGCCGUAGGACAAAUUACUGCGGCCCGAGCGAAGAUUGAAUAGAUAGGUUACUUGACUAUUAUCCUCGCCGGCACAGGGGCUGUCUCUUUCGUCGACUUGGACCUCCAUGUGCGCAAAUGCAACAUUUUUUGCAUCGUGGAAGAGUCCCAACUCGAAGAUUUCGUGAAAGUGUGUCGCGACUAGCGUCUUGGGUGCUUGAGGUCCCAGGGAAAGCAGGUGAUGGAACACACCUGCAGCGAGGCCAGCACCAUCAAAUGUAUCAGUGCCUUUCCCGAAUUCAUCAAUUACCACCAAGCUUCGUCGGGUACAUGAAUUCAAAGCCAUGGCAAUCUGUUGCAUCUCGAUCAUGAAGGCCGAUUGGACUUUGGACACGGUCUCUCGGGCUGUGAUUCGAGUGAGGAUCUUGUCGGUCAUGCCAAUGGUCGCCGAAUCGGCGGGGAGGAAUGACCCCAUCUGGGCCAUGUAGACAGCCAGGGCAACCUGCUUCUGAUAGACAGAUUUACCCGAAUAAUUGGGGCCCGUCAGCAAUAUCAUGCUUGGUCCUGCAGGAUCGGUUUCUCCAUUCCCUCCUUCGAGAAAGGUGUCGUUUGGCACAAAAGAUGGUACC